UAAGACUAUUAAGUCCAGUCCUGAUUUCCAGUUGCAGCAGGCAAAUUACAAUGGGAUUUACAGACCAAAGCCUCAACGUCCUCUUCUUCCCCAUCACGGCGCAAGGCCACAUGCUCCCCAUGGUUGACAUGGCCAAACUCUUCGCAGCUCGUGGAGUUGCCGUCGCCAUCAUAACCAUCUCAGGCAACGACGCCCUCAUUCGCCCCACCAUCGACCGCUUCAAUUCCUCUGCGAUCUCCCCCAUCCAACUCCACCUCAUCCAUCUCCCCUCCGCCGCUGAGGAAACUGAGAACAUAAACUCGCUUUCCUCAUACGCACAAAUUUUCAAAUUUGCAGAAACCGUUGCCUUGCUCAGUGAACCGUUUGAUCAUGUCCUCAAAGACCUCCGCCCUGACUGCGUCGUCUCCGACAUUUUCUUGCCAUGGACUUGCGAAGUUGCUGCAGAGAAUGGCAUACCGAGGAUUUCUUUUCUCGGCUCCAACUUCUUCGCAAUGUGCGCUAUCGAUAGCAUGGAGCGCCACCAACCUCUUGAAAGCCUACCACCGGAAGCAGAGACCAUCGUCCUCCCUGGCUUGCCGCAUCACAUCGAGAUGCUCCGAUCCCAAGUUCGUGACCCUAGUAAACUAAACCCUUCCAUGAACCCCUUGGUGGAGGUCAUCAAGCAUGCGAAAGAGGUUGAUUCUAAGAACUACGGGAUGGUGGUGAACAGCUUCUACGAGUUGGAGCCAGACUAUGUCGAGCACUAUAGGAAAGUGUUGGGGAAGAAAGCAUGGCAUGUCGGCCCUGUCUCGCUUUGCAACCAAGAAGAGGUCGACAAGUCAGUAAGGGGAGGAGAAAGCAGAGGAGGUGAAGAAUGCUUGAAGUGGCUCGACAGCAAAAAUCCAAGAUCUGUAGUGUAUUUGUGCUUCGGUAGCACAAGUGAUUUCACGAUAGCUCAGUUGAGGGAGAUGGCCAUUGGGCUUGAGGCUUCAAGCUAUCCUUUUGUUUGGGUGGUGAGGAAUAUUGCAGGUGAGGAAUGGAUUCCUGAAGGUUAUGAGCAGAGGAUUGAAGGGAAGGGGCUUAUAAUCAAAGGAUGGGCGCCACAGUUGUUGAUAUUGAACCAUGUGGCCGUGGGCGGCUUUGUGACACAUUGUGGAUGGAAUUCAAGCUUGGAAGGGAUAUCAGCUGGUUUGCCAAUGGCGACAUGGCCGCUUCAUGCAGAGCAAUUUUUUAAUGAGAGGCUAUUGGUGGAUGUGCUUAAGAUUGGGGUAGCAGUGGGGUCGAAGGUGUAUGGGCUAAGGACGGCAGAGGAGCUACCAGUUGUAGAAGCAGCAGCUUUAGAGACGGCGGUGAGAAGGUUGAUGGGGGAGGAGGAGGAGGCGGAGGAAAGGCGGAGGCGGUCGAGGGAGCUUAAAGAGUUGGCGAGGAUGGCUGUGGAUAAAGGAGGGUCUUCUUAUAAUGAUCUUGGAAAUUUGAUACAGGAGUUGGUGGAGAGGAAGGCACAUGUUCAGAGCUCAACCAUUGAACUGAGCUAGUUAAUAUUUCGUAAAAGAAGCUCUCCAUUAUAUGAAUCAGAAAGCAUGUUGCCUAAAUUAGCCGCUUGUUAUAUAAAUAAAUCACUUAUAUUUAAUUUAACUCGAACUUGAAAA